GUUUUUCCCAAGCAGUUGAACUUCCACGAUCAGGUAACUAUUAUUCACUGAUUAGUGUUCUUUCGAACGCUCUGAGGACUUUGUUCAGUUUUUUCCUGAUCUCUUGGUUACCUUUAAAAUGAUAAAUGACACUAGUGACACCAGAAAUGACACUGUUGAACACAAUGCGACCUUCACGAAACUUAUCAGUUCGGUCUACAAUUUGAAUCAGGAAGACAGUAAUUGGAUAGUGACAAAUUCCUUUAUAAUAUUUACUAUGCAAACGGGUUUUGGGAUGCUGGAAUCAGGAUGUGUUUCCUUGAAGAAUGAGGUGAACAUCAUGAUGAAAAAUGUGGUGGAUAUCGUCCUUGGUGGCUUGACAUACUGGAUGUUUGGGUUUGGUAUGAGCUUUGGUAGAAGCGAGUUUACCAACCCAUUUAUUGGCCUAGGAGAUUUUUUGAUUGAUCCAACAAUCGAAGAUGAAUUUAUGGGUCCUGAAUGUGCUGCAUUUCUGUUCCAAUUGAGUUUUGCUACCACUGCUACCACCAUUGUCAGUGGAGCUAUGGCUGAGCGAUGCAAUUUCAAGGCUUACUGUCUCUUUUCCUUUCUCAAUACUAUCGUUUACUGUGUACCGGCUGGCUGGGUCUGGGGUGAUCACGGUUUUCUGAAGAGGAUGGGCGCAGUGGAUAUAGCAGGUUCUGGAACAGUGCAUCUAGUUGGUGGUACCUCUGCUCUAGCCUGUGCCAUGAUGCUUGGUCCACGUUUAGGUCGCUACGAUAAUGGAAUAGAUCAGCUACCUCUUGGUUGUCCUGUGAACGCUAUCAUGGGACUCUUUGUUUUAUGGUGGGGAUGGUUAGCUUUCAAUAGUGGGAGUACAUACGGUGUUAGUGGACAACGUUGGAAAUAUGCUGCUAGGGCAGCGGUAUCCACUAUGUUGAGUAGCAUGGGUGGUGGUCUGAUCGGCUUGGGGUUUAGUCUGGCAAAUCCUAAAAGAAUUGAUAUUCUUAGUCAAAUUAAUGGAAUACUCGGUGCCCUGGUGUCUGUUACAGGGGGUUGCUUCCUGUAUCAAGCUUGGGAAGCUCUGAUUGUAGGAAUAAUAGGGGCUCUUAUAUCUUGCACAGUAAUGCCAGCUUUGGAUAGGGUUGGUAUAGAUGAUCCUGUUGGUGCCUCAGCUGUUCAUGGUGCCUGUGGCAUGUGGGGUGUUUUAGCUAUUGGAUUCUUUGCGGAUAAUCCAUAUCCAUUGUCAAUUACCAGUGGACGAAAAGGAUUGUUUAAAGGUGGAGGAGGGUACUUACUGGCCAUUCAAAGUUUAACAGUAAUAUGUCUUGCUGUUUGGAGUUUUUUAACUUCCAUAAUUCUACUAUGGAUGGUGAACAAAGUUAUCCCAAUAAGGAUGAGCGUCAAGGAGGAACUUUUAGGAGCAGAUUUAGUAGAGCAUAGUGUUCGUCACGCACAAAUUGGUGUUAGCAGAGCAAUGUCAGUUCUACGACCAUUCUCACGUCAAGAAAACUUCGACGAGAUCGUACAAAUAGGAAUAAAUCCAGGUCACGAGUCCUAUCUAACGAGAUAUAAUCGCAUUAGGAAACAUGACAGAUUGUUGAAGUUCCUGAAGCGCCAAACGCGCAAAAGGAAGUCAUCCGGAAGUGUAAAAAUUCACACGAUAUCCGGUCCUGAUAUUAACACAAAAAAGGAUGCAGAACCGCGUUUUGCCUGGAUAGAUUAAAAUCGUAAUAAUUAUCAUUAACUUUUAUCUCACUAGUAACUCACUGGAAAUGUAUAAAUUAAUUGGUGAUUAAUGAGUAAAGGGAGUUUAGAUAGC